UGCUGCUGCUGCUCUCUCUCUCUCUCUACUCGUCAAUGGUGGAUCAGAACUGUUAUUGAUCUUUCUCUUUCAAAAGGUGAUCCAAUUUACGCACGCAAUUGUCCUCAACGACCAUGGUGGUUGUCGACAAACCCUAAUUAAUAUGGUUGAUCUGAAGAUAUUUCUGCUGGAAUUCUGUUGAUUUAUCAAAAAAUCUCCGGUGAUUGAUUGCUCGAUCUACUUUAGCUAUACUGAUUGCAGUUAUUUUUUGCGAUUUGGAUGAUUGUCUGGCAUGGGAUUUUGCUGUUUGGUGCCAAGAUCUUGUGAUGUGAUGAGAUUCCAUUGAAAGAGACACUGGUAACUUCUACAUGCCUUGGGAAAUCAACUGUUUUUACAGUGAAAUUUCCAGGAGCUUUUAUGUUAUGAUAGGUUACUGUUUUCGUAAUUGGUGGAAAUUUAAGGUGAAACAAUAGUUUGUAGGCUACAAGCCUGAAGUUGGUUGCACAAUUUGGAUAUGAGAACCCCUUUGUUCAAUAAACUUUACGUAUUUUCGGGCACUAGACCGCCACGGAAUUGGUUACUUCUGUGUCUUGUUAGUCUUUUUGUGCUUAUUGCUUUGUUAGGUUCAUCUUCUUCUGGUGCUUUCGACUCUGUCACUACUAGUUUAAAACCCGAAGUUUAUACAAACUAUAGAAGAUUAAAGGAGCAAGCAGCAAGCGAUUAUUUUGAGUUAAAGAGUUAUUCAUCUGGAAAUAGUAAUUCAAAGGAGAUUUGGUUAUGUGGAAAGGAAAGAGAGCACUACGUUCCUUGCUAUAAUGUGUCUGCAAAUCUGUUAGCGGGGUUUAAAGAUGGUGAGGAGUUUGAUCGGCAUUGUGAAGUAUCACAAGAUCAACCAUACUGUUUGGUUCGUCCUCCAAGGGACUAUAAAACUCCCCUGAGUUGGCCAGUUGGUAGAGACGUGAUAUGGAAUGCUAAUGUGAAGAUAACCAAAGACCAGUUUCUUUCUUCUGGAAGCAUGACAAAAAGGUUAAUGCUGCUAGAAGAGAACCAAAUUUCUUUCCAUUCAGAUGACGGAUUUGUCAAAGAUCAUUCUCGCCAAAUUGCAGAGAUGAUAGGACUAGGGAGUGAUGCAGAAUUUUGGCAAGCUGGUGUGCGCACAGUUCUUGAUAUUGGUUGUGGUUUUGGCAGCUUUGGGGCUCACUUGCUCUCACUGAAACUAAUGGCUGUCUGUGUGGCUGCAUAUGAGUUAACUGGUAGCCAAGUUCAGUUAUCUCUUGAGAGAGGUCUUCCAGCAAUUAUCGGCAACUUCAUUUCAAGGAAACUUCCAUUUCCAUCGUUGUCAUAUGACAUGGUUCACUGUGCACAAUGCGGUGUUCUGUGGGACAAGAAAGAUGGACUGUUCCUUAUCGAAGCUGACCGGAUACUCAAGCCUGGAGGCUACUUCGUAUUACAUGGAACUUCAUUAAGUACGAAAAAAGGAAGCAUGUCUAGUCCUAUUGAAGAAUUCACGCGGAAUAUCUGUUGGAAAUUGAUAGCUCAGCAAGAAGAAACUUUCAUCUGGCAGAAAACUAUCGAAGCCCAAUGCUACUCAUCUAGCAAACAGGGUGCCAUUCCUCCUUGUAGAGAAGGAUAUGCGGAUCUUCAAUCGUAUUAUCAGCCACUUGAAUCUUGUAUAGCAGGGACAGCCAGCAAACGCUGGGUUCCCAUUCAGAACAGAUCUUCUAGUUCCCAAAUAAACCCUGCUGAGCUUGAAAUUUAUGGAGUUCAGCAGGAUGAAUUCACCGAAGACUUUGAAUCUUCAAGAUUAGCUUUAAGAAAUUACUGGUCCUUGCUUACACCCUUGAUUUUUUCUGAUCAUCCUAAAAGGCCGGGUGAUGAAGAUCCAUUACCUCCAUAUAAUAUGAUAAGAAAUGUGAUGGAUAUGAAUGCACAUUAUGGGGGUUUAAACUCCGCAUUUCUGGAAGCAGGAAAAUCAGCAUGGGUGAUGAAUGUCGUGCCAAUCGGGGCUCGUGAUACACUCCCUCUUAUUCUUGAUCAAGGUUUUGCCGGAGUUCUGCAUGACUGGUGCGAGCCAUUUCCCACUUAUCCACGGACAUAUGACAUGCUUCAUGCCAACGGGCUCCUCUCACGCCUUAUAUCAGAGGGAUGCAGCAUCACAAAAUUACUUUUGGAAAUGGACCGUAUCCUUCGCCCUGAGGGAUGGGUUGUCCUUUCCGAUAAACUUGGGCCCAUAGAGAACACACGUAUAAUCGCUACACAAAUACGAUGGGAAGCAAGGGUCAUUGAUCUCGAAAAUGGCAGUGACCAAAGGUUGCUUGUUUGCCAAAAGCCAUUUGUAAGGAAAUGAUCGCUUUCACCUACAAAAACACCAUUCUUGUGUAUAGAACUCCGGUAAUUAUUCAACUCCAUUCACGCAAUAAUCUGUGUUUUCACUUUAUACAUCAAUGGUGAUGCCGGAUUUCCAGUGACAGGCGCAAGUCGGUUUUCUUCGCAUUGAGAAACAUAACCAAUGGUAAUCUAAUAGACUAGAGAAAGUUUUGGUGCCACAUAUCUGGAGUUCUUUUUCUUGUUUCAUUUUUUUCUGCAAAGGAAUUGUAGCAAUUCUUUCACCCCGUUUGCUUAUCUGCCUCUUUCCCCCAUGUGUUUCUUCAUUGAUUUUUGUAUUUGAAACCAUAUUUUUGUUUCAGAAUGUAUUUAUUAUGUGAUUAGAUGUCUGAUUUUACAUCUGAACUUCAUAUCA